AGAUGGCAGCCAGAGGUGGAGGUGUUCCAGCACUGCUCCAAUGGCCCCUGGGCAUAGGGAGAACCUCCCUCUCCACCAAACCCCCUCGACCAGUCUUGUCACCUUCUUGCUGAAGAAGCGACUGAACACAAAAUGGCAACUGCUCCCGCUCAGGCGGAGUUUGUGCGAACUGGCUACGGCAAGAACAGCGUGAAGGUGUUGAGCAUCAGGAGGCAUGGGGGCCAUCAUAGCAUCGUGGAGGUCAAGGUGGAUGUGGAGCUGACACUCAAGUCCCGCAAAGACUAUUUAAGUGGAGACAACUCUGACAUCAUCCCCACGGACACCAUCAAGAACACUGUCCAUGCGCUGGCCAAGAUCAAGGGGAUAAAAAGCAUUGAGCAGUUCAGUUUGGAUCUUUGUCACCACUUCCUGACCGCCUUCACCCAUGUGCUGAGGACCAAGGUCUACAUGGAGGAAGUUCCCUGGAGAAGACUUGAGAAGAACGGGGUCCAACAUGCCCACGCCUUCAUUUACAGUCCAGAAACUUUUCGCUUCUGCGACGUGGAACAACAUCUUAACGGUGUGCCGGUGGUUCACAGUGGUGUCAAGGACCUGAAGUUGUUGAAAACCACUCAGUCCGGUUUUGUGGGUUUUUUCCGUGACCGCUUUACCACCCUGCAAGACGCCAAGGACAGGUGUUUCUGUAGCAGCGUGCGUGCCAGGUGGCUCUACAAGAACACCCAGGGUGUAGACUUUGACGCGGCAUGGAAAUGCAUCAAAGACUCCAUUAUCGAGAAGUUCGCAGGCCCUUAUGACCGUGGAGAGUUCUCACCCUCUGUGCAGAAGACCCUCUAUGAUACUCAACUUCUGGUCCUGGACAGGGUUCCUGAGGUGGAGGAGAUAGAGAUCAUCAUGCCCAACCAGCAUUACUUCACCAUCGACAUGAGCAAAUUGGGCCUGGAGAACAAAGACGAGGUGCUUCUUGCCCUGGACAACCCGUCAGGAAACAUCACAGGGACAGUGCGCAGGACACCACAAGCCAAACUCUGAGGCACAAAUACAGGAAAAAGUCCAUGAAAAGGCGCAAAUAUUUGAAGUCUUUGUAUCUCCUUAGCGAGCACCAAUAAACUGGCGUUGUUCUUUGGUGAGAAAGGAGCACCGUUUA